GCCACUGUUGUGGAAACAGCAGCAGAGAGAAAGCAAUUUCCUCUUUCAAGAAGUAUCUGAGUGUUAUAUAUAUAUAUAUUGUUCAUAUUAUAUUUAGUCACCAAGCUUCUUGGAUUUCUGCUAGCUUCAUGAAAAUGGGAAGUCACUUCAGGUUUUUAAGCCUUUGCCUCUUGGCAUUGGUUGCAUCAACUCAAGCUCAACUUCAGUUUGGUUUUUAUGCCAAGAGCUGCCCAAAAGCUGAGAAAAUCAUCUUGAAGUUUGUUCAUGAGCAUAUCCACAAUGCUCCUUCCCUAGCAGCUGCAUUAAUCAGAAUGCACUUUCAUGAUUGUUUCGUCAGGGGAUGUGAUGGAUCAGUGCUACUGAACUCAACAACCAAUCAGGCUGAAAAGAAUGCUCCUCCAAAUCUCACAGUCAGAGGCUUUGACUUCAUUGACAGAAUAAAGAGCCUUGUUGAGGCUGAAUGCCCUGGCGUCGUCUCUUGUGCUGAUAUCCUAACUUUGGCAGCCAGAGACACCAUUGUAGCCACAGGUGGACCCUUUUGGAAAGUUCCGACAGGUCGAAGAGAUGGGGUAGUCUCUAUCUUGGAGGAAGCCAGAGAUAACAUUCCUGCUCCAUUUGACAACAUCACCACCCUGCAAACAUUGUUUGCCAACCAAGGACUUGAUUUGAAGGACUUGGUCCUGCUCUCUGGUGCUCACACAAUUGGUGUGGCUCAUUGCUCAUCAUUAUCAAACCGCUUGUUCAACUUUACUGGGAAGGGUGAUCAAGACCCUUCACUGGACAGUGAAUAUGCUGAAAAUCUGAAAACCUUCAAGUGUAAUGACCUGAAUAGGUUGAACACCACAAAGAUUGAGAUGGACCCUGGAAGCCGCAAGACAUUUGACCUUGACUACUACAGACAAGUGAUUAAGAGAAGGGGCCUGUUCGAGUCAGAUGCUGCAUUGUUGAAUAAUGCAGUUACUAAGUCUCAAAUCAUUGAAUUGCUUCAAGGAUCACUUGAAAAUUUCUUUGCUGAGUUUGCCAGUUCCAUUGAGAAAAUGGGAAGAAUUAAGGUCAAGACAGGGACAGAAGGAGAGAUCAGGAAGCAUUGUGCAUUUGUAAAUAGCUAAGAAUCUUGUCUUGUUCAUGGGUCAACAAUCCUGGUAAAUCUUGAUAGUUUGUUUUUGGGUUUGGUUAUUUAUGCUAUGUCAUGUGUUGUCUACCGAUAAAGGACCCUUAUGACAUGGUUGUUGUACUUUUAUGUGUUUUUGAAUAAGUGGGUUCAUAGUCAUUCUUGUUUCAAACUUUGCUGCUAGAUCUCUUCUAAUAAGCAGCAGGAUUUAGAGGAGAUUUAUUGUGCUGCACACAGCAGAGUUAAUGUAUUUUUGUGUAGUUCUUUUUUUAUUGAUGUAAUUUUUCACUGUUAUUGUUAAUUAAAUGCAGUUUUUGUUUAAUUGAA